AUGAAUAAAAAGAAUCAAGUGAUUGAACUAUUUACUGGCUAUUCUUAUGCCAACAAGGAAACGCAAGAAAUGAAAGCAAAUGCAUCGGUAACUUUAGUGAAAAGUGAAAAUAAAAUUAUUUUGGUUGACACAAUGACAGCUUGGGACAAAGAUGUUCUGUUAAAACAACUAAAAAGCUACCAUGUACAACCGGAAGAUGUUAACUUUUUAGUUUGUACGCAUGGACACAGUGAUCAUUGCGGCAAUAUGAAUUUAUUUACCAAUGCUACUCAUUUCCUUGGAUCUUGUGUAUCAUUUAGACAUUUAUAUUAUUACCAUGACUUUGAAAAGAAUCCUUAUGUCCUUGACAAUGAUGUGGAAGUGAUGUUUACUCCAGGUCACACAUCGACAUGUGUUUCAUUGAUUGUUAAAAAUUCAACGGCAGAAAAAAAUGGAACAAUUGCCAUUGUUGGUGACUUGUUUGAAAAGGAAGAAGACAUUUUCGAUGACUCAUUGUGGAUUGAAGCAGGAACAGAAAUGGAAAAGAUGCAACGACAAAAUCGCUUAAAAGUUGCUGAAAUUGCUGACUUUAUUGUUCCGGGACAUGGACCAAAGUUCAAGGUGACCGAUGAAAUGAUUGAAAAAUUGCGACUAGACUUACACAUGUAA